ACUGUGAAGGGCGCUGAGAGCCGAGCUGCCGCUUCUGGCCGUGGGCUCUCAGAUCUGGCUUUACCCCAGGAGGGCUCGGGUGGAGAGCGAGUGGUCUCCUGUCUCUUGCCGACCCCCUCCGGCUAGGAGCGAGCGGCGGCCUCCUAGCUGGGCGCUUUGGCGUCCGGGGGAGCUCGCUCGCGGAGCGCCGGCGGCACUCGGGCCUCUCCCUCAGCUGUCAUUUUGGCGGCUUUUUCACUUCAGGAGGUUUCAGCCUCGACCAAGUUCCGGAGCCGGAUUGAAGAAUGACUCGUGCCCGCGGAAUGGGUGACAGCGUCAGCACUGCACUUUAUUGACCAUGGAUCCUUAUGUUGCAUCAGAAUCAACACCUGAAUUGACUCCUAGACAAAGUACAUCCUCAGGUCUUAAAGAUUACCUUAUAGGUGCCACCCCUCUGCAAAAAAGAUUGGAGUCAGUUAGGAAGCAGACUUCAUUUGUCCCAACCCCGCCUCAAAGGAAAAUUCCCCAGUGUUCACAAUUGCAGGAAGAUAUUGAUUCUCAGAAGGUUGCUUUCCUCCUGCAUAAACAAUGGACUUUAUAUAGUGUAACUCCCUUAUAUAAAUUCUCCUAUAAUAAUCUUAAAGAAUAUUCUAAACUUCUGAAUGCAUUUAUUGCUGCUGAAAAGCAAAAAGGACUCGCUGUGGAAGUGGGAGAAGACUUCAACAUUAAAGUGAUUUUCUCUACUCUCCUGGGAAUGAAAGGAACACAAAGGGAUCCCGAAGCAUUUCUUGUCCAAAUUUUGUCAAAAUCUCAAAUGCCAUCUGAGAACAGAGAAGGUAAAGUGUUAUGGACUGGUUGGUUCUGCUGUGUAUUUGGAGAUAAUCUCCUGGAGACUGUUUCACAAGAUUUCACUUGUCUACCCUUAUUCCUUGCAAACGGAGCAGAGUCUAAUACAGCCAUAAUUGGGACUUGGUUUCAGAAGACUUUUGACUGUUAUUUCAGUCCUUUAGCAAUCAGUGCAUUUAAUCUUUCCUGGAUGGCUGCUAUGUGGACUGCAUGUCAAAUGGACUGCUAUAUGGCUACUACUGAAUUUCUUUGGUCUGUUCCCUGUAGUCCUCAAAGUCUGGACAUUUCUUAUGCAAUUCAUCCAGAGGAUGCAAAAGCUCUGUGGGACAGUGUCCACAAAACACCUGGGGAAGUUACCCAGGAGGAAGUUGACUUAUUUAUGGACUGCCUUUAUUCACAUUUCCAUAGGCAUUUCAAAAUUCAUUUAUCAGCCACAAGAUUGGUCCGUGUUUCAACAUCUGUAGCUUCUGCACAUACUGAUGGAAAAGUAAAGAUUCUGUGUCAUAAAUACCUUAUUGGUGUGUUGGCAUAUUUGACAGAACUGGCAAUUUUUCAAAUUGAAUGAGUGAACAAUAAGUUAUGGAUCAUCUACUCUUUUCUCACUAAUUAUUUGGUUAGUUGCUAUGCUGAAAGGGUCUGCAAGAGAGGUGGGUAUGUAUCUCUGCCUCUUCUUUCCUCACAGUAGCUUUGGAGUUGCCCAGAUGAAAGCCAAGGAGGAUUUAGAACAAGGACUUGGCACUGGGUGAACCACAGCCACGCGCUUGUACUGGUCAUGAUGAUCUCAGAUGCCAAUGCCUAGGAGCAAUGCUGUGUUGUUAAUUUCUUGGUAUCUUUUUAAAAAAUGUUUUUCAUAUCAAACUUUUAGAAUUCAAAUGUGAUAUCUAAUAUUGGGUAUUUUUUAUUUAGAUCUUUAAAACCUUUAAUCCCUUUAAAGCAUUUUAGACUUGCAGUCAAAGAAUUUUCAUCUUCUAAAGACAUUUUGCUGGCAUUGUUUUGCUGUAGAGAACUGGCCAUCAAAAUCCUCUCAAAAAUUCUGGCUGGGUAUGAUGGCAUAUGCCUGUAAUCCCAGCAGCUUGG